ACGGUGCUCCACCCUCUCCAUCGCAUUCAUCCAUCCUUUACUGUCCCACGAGUGGAUAACAUCGGAUUUCAGCACCGGGACAGAUCCUCCACACAUCUUCCACCGUCUCAGGCAUCAUGGCGACAGAGUUCCACAACCUUCAGGAGCUGCGUCACAGUGCAUCUCUGGCCACCAAGGUCUUUGUCCAGAGAGACUACAGUGACGGCACCAUCUGCAAAUUCCAGACCAAGUUCCCAGCAGAGCUGGACAGCAGGAUUGAGAGGAGUCUGUUCGAGGAAACUGUGAAGACACUCAACAUAUAUUAUGCAGAAGCUGAAAAGAUUGGUGGCCAGUCCUGCUUGGAAGGCUGCCUGGCUUGUGCUACGGCCUAUAUCAUCUUCCUGUGCAUGGAGACACGCUAUGAAAAGAUACUGAAAAAGAUCGGCAUGUAUAUCCAGGAACAGAACGAAAAGAUCUAUACACCUAGAGGUUUGCUCCUCACCGACCCCAUCGAGCGGGGCAUGAGAGUGAUCGAGAUCUCCAUCUUUGAAGACAGUGGUUCCAGCAGCUCAAGCUCCAGCGGAAGUUCUCCGUCCAGUGCCACAGCUCAAUGACUGGAGGAGCAGCACCAGGGUUACGGGUACAGAGUGGCCAGUACGCUCCCCAAAAUCCGCAUGUUGAAACAUGAGAGCACCAGAUUUUAACAAAAGAAAGUAAGAGCGGAUGUACAGCUCACUUGCUCUCUUCUUCCAAACAACAAAUGCAAAGCCAGGAGCUUUAACUCACACACUUCCCAUUCCCUCCUCUCAUUUCCUUUAUUUCAGCCUCCUCUGCAUUUCCAUUAGUGACAGAAAAAUCUCCGCACCGAGUUCAUCAGACACCCUCAUUGCUGAGAUAAUAAGAGUUAGCAGAUGGGUAUGAUGGACAGGGUGCCGACUUUACUACAGAUUUACUUUACUGCAGAAACCCAGUGAGCUGCCGAGCUGCCUACUGCCUACAGUACGUAGGAAGCUGCCUUCUAGGCCAUCUUCAUAAUGGCCAUGUAACCUUAUAAAGGACUGAUUUGGAACACUACAUACGUAGAUAGCAACUCCACACACAUUACAGACUGACUCACAAUUGAUUUCAAUAAAGUUUGGUGUUAGCAUGUUGCUAAGCUGACAGUGCAAUACUCUAAUAAGCAUAAAUACUGUAUGACUUAUAAAAAAAAAGUCAGUUUUUAAAUAUACUAUUUUAUUGAUGCUUUUGAUAGAAAAUCUGUACAAACAAUCAGAAAUACAAGAAAUAAUAAUAAACACACCAUGUGUAUGUUGCAAAAGAGACAACAAUCAGUGCUGAGGAGAGGCCAUGAACAUACAACAUUUCUCAUCCAUUUGUUAGUUCUACAUUGUGCCAACAGCCACUGGCACGCAUUAAAAAGCUGUCUGUUUAUCAAUAUCAAUUUUACAUCAGCAGUGGCUUGUUUAAUACUGAUAUCAUUAAUACUAAAUAAAAGUAAUCAAUUCCAAUGUAUUGAAUAAAAUUGUUUAUAUUGUUGGUCACUUUAUAACAAGGUUGUAUUCAUUAACUUUAGUUAACUACAUCAGUUAACUACAGUACAUUAGUUAACACAAAUUUACAAUGAACAAUAUUGAACU